UCUUUUUUUUUUCACCAUUUAAGACGGGACGACCGCCGCACUCAGACACCAGAGGUGGACAAAUGAAGGCAGUUUAUUUUUUUUAAAUAUAAUUUGAUAUUCCCCUUUCUUUCAACAUAUGAGCCAUGUUUUGUUUUUGAUAUCGGCUGUGUUUACUGUGUAGCUGCAUAGAGGUUCCCCCGUUAAGGGUACCAGUUAGCUAAAUAACUGGAGCCUCCAGCCUUUUCUGCCUACAUUUUUUGGGCAGAAAAGACGUUCUAACUCAAUAUAUUUUCGUUUCCCCUGGGUCGUGGGGCUGGCGCCGAGCCAAUAAUUGACUCUGGAGCCGGACACGGAGGAUAGUAUGGCCAUGACAGGAGGGACUGCAACCGCCCUCCCGAUGAGCAACCACACCCGAGAGAGGGUGACCGUGGCCAAGCUGACGCUGGAGAACUUCUACAGCACGCUGCUCACCCAGCACGAGGAGCGCGAGAUGAGGCAGAAGAAGCUGGAGAAAGCCAUGGAUGAUGAGGGUUUACCAGACGAGGAGAAAGUAAUGCGACGUUCACAGCAUGCUCGCAAGGAGACCGAGUUUUUGAGGUUGAAGAGGACGCGGCUAGGCUUGGAUGACUUUGAGUCCCUUAAAGUCAUCGGACGUGGUGCUUUUGGAGAGGUACGUUUGGUGCAAAAAAAGGACACAGGGCACAUUUACGCCAUGAAGAUUUUACGAAAAGCAGACAUGCUGGAGAAAGAGCAGGUUGCUCACAUCCGGGCAGAGAGGGACAUUCUCGUGGAGGCAGACAGCGCAUGGGUGGUGAAGAUGUUUUACAGCUUCCAGGACAAGAGGAACCUCUACCUCAUCAUGGAAUUUCUGCCUGGAGGCGACAUGAUGACGCUCCUGAUGAAGAAGGACACCCUGUCCGAAGAGGCCACCCAGUUCUACAUCGCUGAGACGGUCCUGGCCAUCGACUCCAUCCACCAGCUGGGCUUCAUCCACAGAGAUAUCAAACCGGACAACCUGCUGCUCGACUCCAGGGGACAUGUGAAGCUGUCUGAUUUUGGCUUGUGUACUGGACUGAAGAAAGCCCACCGCACAGAAUUUUACCGAAACCUGACACACAACCCACCCAGUGACUUUUCCUUUCAAAACAUGAACUCCAAGCGGAAAGCAGAAACCUGGAAGAAGAACCGGCGACAGCUGGCUUAUUCCACGGUGGGAACGCCAGACUACAUCGCCCCCGAAGUUUUCAUACAGACAGGCUACAACAAGCUGUGUGACUGGUGGUCUUUAGGGGUCAUCAUGUACGAGAUGCUGAUUGGCUAUCCGCCGUUUUGCUCUGAGACGCCGCAGGAAACGUACAGGAAAGUGAUGAACUGGAAGGAGACCCUUGUGUUUCCCCCCGAAGUCCCGAUCUCAGAGAGAGCUAAGGACUUGAUACUGCGGUAUUGCACUGAUGCUGAGAACAGAGUUGGGGCUGGCAGUGUGGAGGAGAUCAAAAGCCAUCAGUUUUUUGAGUCCGUCGACUGGGAGCACAUCAGAGAGCGUCCUGCGGCCAUCUCCAUUGAGAUAAAAAGCAUCGACGACACCUCCAAUUUUGAUGAGUUCCCGGAAUCAGACAUCCUCCAGCCAGCCAAUGCAACUGAACCCGACUUCAAGUCCAAGGAUUGGGUGUUCCUCAACUACACUUACAAACGCUUCGAGGGCCUGACUCAAAGAGGCACCAUUCCCACAUACAUGAAGCCAGGGAAGGCCUGACAGGCUCAAACAGGGAGUACAAAAAAAAGACAUUCGCGGACGUAACAGGGUCGGGCCCUCGGAGGCCCUCGCUGGUGCUGAAGGCCGAGCCGCCUCUCAGUCUACUUGUAAACCGCCCUUGCGCCACCAAGAAUUAAGCUCUGCUCUGCCGCCACUGCAGGAGUUACCACGUUACCUGUGGUCGGUUUACGUGCUAUACUGUACAUGAGCCAUGUGUAGCCCACAGCUCUCAGGCCAGCUCAAGUCAACAAACCAUACGUGCAGGCGUCGCCUCAAAAACGACUGCGUGCCAAUCACUGCUUUGACACGUUGAUAGUUUGAACACUGGUCAUUAUAAACUAGCUCAUAUGCAAAACAAGCACUGGCUACUGAACAUACGCUGCAGUCGCACUCUGGAAGGUUUCAGCAUGAUUAGCAAUGUUUUGCCCAUCCUUGUUGGCUAUUGUGCGUUUUCUCUGAUGGUGUUCUUCGCUUUAAUAGAAGCAAGUCAUCCACUUGAGAAAAUUAAAAAAUAAGCGCCACACCUCAAAUACAUGAUGAGCUCGUCCCAAUUUACUCACAAAUGUAAAAAAAAACAAAAACAACGAAGAAUCUGGGCCUGUUUUCUGGGGGGAACAUUAUUAAUAAUAAUUGAUAAUUAAUAAUAAUAAUCCUCCAUUAUUUGCUGAAGAACUGCCAAGAAACUAUAUUAAAGUGAGGGGAGGACCUUCUAUUUAAAAGACUAAAGCCCUGUCACUACAAAGUGGUGCUUUGCCAUCAGUAGACAAAUAUAUAUAUAUAUAUAUAUAUAUGCAUCAAUUGUGGAUUUUCGCUGUUUGUGAGGGAUUACUGUUUUAUUCUGUUUCAUGAAUGGUAAAAGGUGGAUACAAAGGGUUGAUUGUAGCUUAUGCCAUCUAGUGGAAGAACAUUUAAUUGCGGUCCCUAUCACGAUAUAUGUAUAUAUAUAUAUAUAUAUACAUACAGUCAAACUUAAUUUUUAGACCAAUUAAGUGAAAAUAGACAAUUUCCUACAGCACACCUGAUGAUCUGCUGUCGCACUCAGGUUGGUAAUCAAUGCCUGGUACUCUGCAGUUGUGUAACUAAUCAACCAAGGCCACUUUUUGAGGAAAUAGGCUAUUUCUCACACUUGUUGAAAAUAUCUCAGGUUUUUUUUGUUUUUGUUUUUCUCCUUCAAAAUACUACACAAUCCAACUAAUAUGUGGUUGUACAGCAGUUGAAGAUUUGGGAUUUCAGUUGCGUCCAAGUGUAAAAAGGGUAGACUUUAGGUAUUACAGGGUAAAUAAAGUACGUUUGAAAAAAACAAGAGUAGCUUUAAGGAACCAGGGAUGUCAUUCUAGUGAGUAAUUCCAUAAUUUAAUUUCCAGGUACAGGUUUAGUUUCACCAAAAAGCAGAACAAAUCAUGCUGAAAUCUUCCUCGUGCUCCAUCAGAUGACCCCAGAGAGAGUAAGUAUCGUGUGUCACUUCCCUUUGACACGUUAAUGAUCAUUCUUAACAAUAUUUCUGCCCCUUGAUUUUUUUUCUUUGAAUAAGACGAGGCCUAAUCACUUCCUUCUUAGAAGUGCCUUUGCGUAUAGCUGGUAAAUAAUACUGUAUCAAUGUUAUUUGCAAUUAAUCGAUUUUUUUUUUUUUUUUUUUUUUUUUAAGAGAAAAGUCGAUUUUAAGAGGGCUGCCAAAAAAAAAGGGAAUAGAUUUUAGGUCAGCUUCCCAGACAAAACAGCUUAUAUGAGUUAAAAACAAGCAAUAAAGUUGAUGAAACAGCAGUUUAGUGAACUCACAGUAUUUUUUAUGGCAUAGAUAAGAAAGGAACCUCAUAAAAUGAUGUGCGUCAAAGCAAACAAUAGACAAAGAAGACGAUACAUUCAACUAGACCACAUUAACAUGGGAAGCGCCUUACUUUUUAAUUUCAUUUGUCAUUUCGACGCCCCAUACUAUGAAAGAAAAAGCUUACUUUUUUAUAUUGAAUUUACAUUUGAAUUUACAUUUGCUCCAAGUUGCACAUCUCUGAUUUAUUAAAAAAAAAAAAAAAAAAAAGCUACCAAAGAUCACAUUAUUGUGAUGUGACCAUGAAUCAAGAUGUAGCUUAAGCUUAAUGCACUUAACCUCAAACUACCUUAAAGUAUUAAUAUAAUCCUACACAUGUCCAAAUGCUGUUAAAAUUCACUAUCUUGUUAAAAAAAUGUGCAAGACACAAGAGGUAAACAUGCUGAGGUUGUUCCCAUUUUCACCACACGAUGGUGCCAUUGCUGCAGAAGGAAUUGAGGCUAUCGUCAACUAAUUCUGUUGAAAUCAAGCAGAAGUUAGACAGUUCAGUAGAAGCAAGGGAUAUAGAUUAUGAUGUGUAUAUUUUAGCGUUAUUUAUUAUAUGUAUGUAUCUAAAUCAAAUCUUUAUCCUUGUAUUUUUAACCCAUUGGAAUAUAAUUAUUAUGCAUUUGAACAUACAGUUGCAUAUUAUUUAGGGGACUAAUGUGUUCUAAAUAACACAAAAUAGAUCCUAAAAGAUGGGAUAUAUAUUUUCAUGGGACAACACUGAAGAAAUAACACUUUGCUACAAAGCAAAAUAACUCCGCAAAGCCUUUAAUUUCUAAACUGCUGGCAACAAAAGUGCGUACACCCCUCAGUGAAACUGCUUAAAUUGGGCCCAAUGAGCCACUUUGUCUCAUUCGUGUUAAUAGGUGUCAGAUGUGAUUGGGGAGCAGGCGUGUUCAAUUUGGUGUUAUCACUCUCACAUUCUCAUGCUUCUCAUCCAUCCAUCCAUUUUCUGAGCCGCUUAUCCUCACAAGGGUCGCGGGAGUGCUGGGCCCUAUACCAGCGAUUAACGGGCAGGAGGCAGGGUACACCCUGAACUGGUUGCCACCCAAUUGCAGGGCACAUAUAAACAAACAUUUGCACUCACAUUCACACCUACGGGUAAUUAGAACUGUGAGGCAGACGCUCUAACCAGUCAUACACCGUGUCCUACAUGCUUCACAAUGAAAGUUAAUUAAAAAAAAAAAAAUAGUGAUGUCUCAUAAUAAAAUGGUUCUGAAAAUGUGAGGGGAGAUACUGUUAGAUGAGUUACCAUAGUAAGUAAAGGACCAAACAAGUCUUAUUUUAUGUGUUGGUGGUCACAUCAUCUGAAAGAAAAAGAAAAAAACUCAUCGCAAUAAAGAGUCAGGACAAUGUUGUUGGAUUUAUUUAUGUGAUGAUGUGUUUGUAUGUUUAUUGUAGCCCAGUGAAAAGAGGUCACAGGGGAAAUGCUUGUAAUAUAUUCAUAUGGUAACGUUUUAUGUUAAUAUGACAAAAUAAAAAAAAUCUUAACUCAU